CAAAAACAUAUCAUCUAAGAUUAGAAGUGGACGUCACAUAUUUCAUUAUUAUUAGAGAUAUAGAUAAAUUCAUUGUGCUCUCUCAUUUCCCCAUAUAUCUCCAUGCUAUCUGUUAAGCCAUGUCUUCUGUCUCUUUGAACAUAUAACUUUUUUUCUCUCUUUUUCAAUUCCCUCAACUCUUUGAAAAAUGGCUGUGGCUAUGGCUGCUUGCAGUCUUGGACUUCACUUGAGUCCUGAUAAUAACUUGUUCAGACCUUCGGAAAAAUCCAUUUGCAGUGCCCCCAUCUUGAAGACCACUUCUAUGUAUGAUACUAGUACUAAACUAUCUUUCAGUCUUCACAAAACAAGAUUAUCAUCUUCAGCAAUAACAAUCAUCCCACGAGCAACAGCUGUUUCUGAGGAUGGAAACCAAGGUGUGGCUGAUACCGUCCCAACACCUAUAGUUAUAAUUGAUCAAGACUCUGAUCCUGAUGCAACUGUCGUCGAGAUUACCUUUGGUGAUCGCCUUGGUGCUCUUCUUGACACCAUGAAUGCAUUGAAAAACUUGGGACUGAAUGUUGUUAAGGCAAGCGUGUGUCUGGACUCUUCUGGCAAGCACAACAAGUUUUCCAUCACAAAGGCUGAUACAGGUAGAAAAGUGGAAGAUCCAGAGUUGUUAGAGGCAAUCCGUUUGACGAUUUUAAAUAACAUGAUCACGUAUCACCCGGAAUCAAGCGCCCAAUUAGCUCUAGGAGCGGCUUUUGGACUUGUGCCUCCAAAGGAGCAGCUUGAUGUGGACAUAGCGACCCACUUAACAAUCACCGAUGAUGGCCCCGACAGAAGUUUGCUGUAUGUGGAGACAGCUGAUCGGCCCGGAUUAUUAGUUGAUCUUGUAAAGAUUAUUACUGACAUUAACAUUGCUGUUGAAUCCGGUGAAUUUGACACUGAGGGGCUGUUAGCUAAGGCAAAGUUUCAUGUCAGCUACAAGGGCAAAGCCACCAUUAAGCCUCUCCAGCAGGUUCUUGUUAACAGCUUGAGAUACUUCUUGACUCGUCCUACAACUGAGGAAUCCAGUUUUUGAGUGGCACAUUGUCACAAUUGCAACACAUUUUAUUUGCUUUGGCAAUGCAUUUGGAGGACAAAUGUAGAAUAUUGUUUGCCCAAAGCUGGAAUCAACAAUUGGAUAGCAUUGCAGAGUCACCAUAUUGUAAAUUUACUAGUCAUAAUCUUCUUGCUUUGCACUUCCACGGCUUUAUUCACAUACUAUUAUAUAAUUUAUUAGAGUAACUUUUUGAAAAUUAUUA